GCACCGCUUCCUCCGAGGGCGGAGGCCUCCAGGGUGCUGGGCCUGGGCCGCCCCGCGUGGCCCUCGGCAGGCUCGCCUUGCGCGCCACGGUCAGGUCCCCGACAGGACUCGAGCUCCCCGGAGGGACGGGCGCCGGCCCGGGGGUCGCUGGGGUGGAGCCGCGGGCCGGGCGGUGGGCGCCUCCCCUGCGCGGCUGGGCGGGGCGGGGCGGGAGGUGUGGUGGCUCCAGCGACGUUGCGCGGCGCCGCCGGCGGGCUGAUCGCGCUCGCAGCUCGCCGGCUUGCUCCGUCGCUCCGGUGGCGUAACUUCCACGCGGGUCUGCGCCGCCUCCCCUCCGCCUCCCCUCGGGGCGGGUCCGGAGAAUGGCUUCGGAGAUGGAGUCGUCGCUGGAGGCGAGCUUCACGGCCAGCGGAGCGCUGACAAGCUCCUCCGCGUUCCUGCCGCCGGCGCGCUCCCGCAUCUUCAAGAUCAUCGUGAUCGGCGACUCCAACGUGGGCAAGACCUGCCUGACUUACCGCUUCUGUGCGGGCCGCUUCCCCGACCGCACCGAGGCCACCAUCGGCGUGGACUUCCGAGAGCGAGCCGUGGAGAUCGACGGGGAGCGCAUCAAGAUCCAGCUGUGGGACACGGCGGGGCAGGAGCGCUUCAGGAAGAGCAUGGUGCAGCACUACUAUCGCAACGUGCACGCCGUGGUCUUCGUGUACGACAUGACCAACAUGGCCAGUUUCCAUAGCCUGCCGUCUUGGAUAGAGGAAUGCAAACAGCAUUUGCUAGCCAAUGACAUACCGCGGAUUCUCGUGGGAAAUAAAUGUGACUUGAGAAGUGCCAUUCAGGUACCUACAGACUUGGCACAAAAAUUUGCUGACACACACAGUAUGCCUUUGUUUGAAACCUCUGCUAAAAACCCCAAUGAUAAUGAUCACGUGGAAGCUAUAUUUAUGACCUUGGCUCAUAAGCUUAAGAGCCACAAACCAUUAAUGCUUAGUCAACCCCCGAAUAACGGAGUUACCCUGAGGCCUGAACCAAAGCCUGCGAUGCCGUGCUGGUGCUGAGUAACCGUCUUUAUGAUGCUGCUGAAUUUUGACUAAAGAAACACUUUGAAAGUAUAGCAGUGAUAGUCGUAAGAUUUACUCUCAAAUGUAAUGGAUCGUCCUGGCACGUCACUGUUUAUCAUCGUCAUGCUCCCUUCUGUCUUUGGUCUUUACGUAAUCGGGAUUGUCACUGUCAGCACAACUAAGACGUUGGUUUUCAGGUGAGGUUGAAAAGGAAGCAAAGGUAGGAUGGUCAGAACAUCUUUCCAUCAGAGCCCCGUGAAGGAGACUCCAGGUGGAGCACCAUGGAGUGUCAGAGUCAGUGACUGUUCAGGCCUGUGUUCCUGAGAUUGAAAAAAGAAAAUAGUAAGGGUUUAUACACACUUCAUGGUGUGUCCUUUGAGAAGUAUUCUCAGUAGGAUCCAAACUUGUAUUUGCCUCUCCCUGGAGUUCUCUUUUUGUAUUAUUAGUGGCUUAAUUGUAUUAUUAUCGUUACAUUUUAGAGCUAGACUUUAGUUCCGGUGGGAGGAGAAGGCAUAGAAUGUUUUCUGGGUCUCAAUUCUUAAACGACUUUCCCAGCAGUGCUAGAUACUUAAUAUUUCUAAUCAAUGCCGAUGAGUUCUAUAGAGAUCAUUGUUAUUUUUAAGAAUAAUUUGAAUUGUUUUCUUACUAAAUUCUAUUAAAUUACACGAAGACAAGUCAAAUUCUAGUGCAAAUGAAGUGACAUAAGGUGCUUUAUAUUUUAUUAUGAAAUAUUUAAACAGUAAAAAAAAAAAGGAAUCGAAAGCAUACGAGGAUCUGUAACUUGGGGGAAUAUAGGUAAAUGUGGUCUGGUUAUCACAGGAGACUUAUUGUAGCUUUUAGUAAUUUUAGGAUGUGUCUCCAGCUCCCUCAUCCCCAAACAGCUUAAUGACUCAAGGCUGAAUUCACAGAUCAUUUUCCGUUUGGAUUGUAGCUCUGAGAAUACACCUCUAAUUGCUAUGAGUGUACAUAUAUUCCUGUAAUAGUAUCUAUUGUGUUACAGUACACCCAUUUUUUAAAUCUUUAAAUUUUAUGGCCACAACAUGCUAUUUCUCCUCAGUAUAAAAAUCAAGUUAGAUAUUGAAAAAAAUCUUGUCUAUCCCUCAGUGGGGGAAAGAACAUUUCAAAAUGUUUUUUACCCUAAAUAGCUUUGCUUUGAAUUUAAGACUUUGCACAUAGAAAAUAGUAAACUUGCAUAUGAAACUUACAUGAAUGGAAUGUAAGCCAUGAACUUUGACUGAAAUGUGCACAUUGACUAAUUCUCAUAGAUUGCUGUUCUUGAUCAUUUUAGAGAAAUCAAGCCAAAAGAUGAUUGUACUU